GGCGUUCAUUUGUUGUUGAUUUCUAAGUUUCAGGUUGUUUAGGCCCUUCUCUCUCUCUCUCUCUCUCUCUCUCUCUCUAAAACUCUCAUUCUCUCUCUUCUGCAAAUUCUCCGUGCAAAUUGUUCAGAUUGAUUAGAAGAAUCUAAACAGUUGUCUAUAGCAAAAUUUAUUCACAUUGCUCCAAUAUUAGGUCGAAUCCCCAAUUUAAGCCAGCUCUCCAUUCUCUCUCUCUCCCCUACAUACAAUGGAGACAGAAAAUAUGCUGGUUCCACCGUGGCUAGAGCCGUUGAUAACGACGGCAUUCUUCUCGGUUUGUCGGACUCAUGGAGAUGCAGCAAGAAGUGAAUGUAACAUGUAUUGCUUGGAUUGCAAUGACCAGUCUUUUUGCUUCUAUUGCCGCUCAUCAAAGCAUAAGGAUCAUCAAGUUAUUCAGAUAAGGCGAUCGUCGUACCAUGAUGUGGUGAGGGUAUCGGAAAUUCAAAAAGUAUUGGACAUAAGCGGAGUCCAAACUUAUGUGAUAAACAGUGCUAGGGUUUUAUUUUUGAAUGAGAGGCCUCAGCCGAAGACUGGGAAAGGAGUUUCUCACAUUUGUGAAAUUUGUGGGAGGAGCCUCUUGGACCCAUUUCGAUUCUGUUCAUUGGGGUGUAAGCUUAUGGGUAUAAAGACAAAUGGGAAUGCAAGAUUUACCUUAGAUGCCAAGAAUGAGGAAGAAUUAAUUGAAAGAAGAGGUGAAGGAACGUCAAGGCCUAGAGUCAUGAUAUCAUCAUCAAGAGAGGAAGAAGAAUUGCGUGAAGGCACACAACAAGACAUAUACCCUUCCACGCCACCUCCACCUCCACCUCCUUCUAAUGCAAGGAGAAGAAAGGGAAUUCCCCAUAGGGCACCUUUUGGUUCCUAAUUUAACCACCCCGGCCAGUGUCCUAAACAAUCUACUUUAUAAAACCCACUCUUAUUACUUUGAUUUUCACCAACCCUCCUUCUAGUGGGGUCCCUCGUCCCAAAACCUACGGAUUAGCUAGGCUUGUUUGUGGUUCAUAAAUUGGACUGCACAAUUAUGUGUGUAUAGUUGGCGGAUUAUACAUACCCACAUCGCUGAUUCAGAUUGUUCAUGUUUUAGGAUCCGUUAGAAAGAUUAUUAAUUCAUUUCAGAAA